GUUUUCCGAGGACCCUGAAUCACAAAAGUUUUAAUGUUUACAACUGGACGGCGGUACCUUUGUGUCAAGCCGCUAACCCCCGCCGGGCUGCUUUUCGGGGCGCACACCAGCAUAAGUACUUGUCACCGGAAGUGUUGCGUUCUCUUCUAGUGAUCCAACAUGGCGGAACAGGGUGAGAAGAAGGAGAACCCCAUGAGAGAGCUGCGCAUCCGCAAGCUCUGCCUGAACAUCUGCGUGGGGGAGAGCGGCGACAGGCUGACCCGAGCUGCCAAAGUGCUGGAGCAGCUCACAGGACAGACCCCCGUCUUCUCCAAGGCCCGCUAUACUGUGAGAUCAUUCGGCAUCCGUAGAAAUGAAAAGAUUGCUGUCCACUGCACCGUCCGUGGUGCUAAAGCUGAGGAGAUCCUAGAGAAAGGACUCAAGGUGCGCGAGUACGAGCUGAGAAAGAACAACUUUUCCGAUACUGGAAACUUCGGCUUUGGCAUCCAGGAGCACAUUGAUCUGGGCAUCAAGUACGACCCCAGCAUUGGCAUCUACGGAUUGGACUUUUACGUGGUAAAGCAGUCUUACAUCUCACACGUUGUUCUUGUGGAGCCGCACGGUUCAUUUCAUGAGCUUCUCACGUUCCGUCCAUGGUCUGUUCAGGUUCUGGGCCGGCCCGGCUUCAGCAUUGCCGACAAGAAGCGGAAACGAGGCCGCAUCGGGUUCAGACACCGCAUCCGCAAAGAGGAGUCCAUGCGCUGGUUCCAGCAGAAAUACGAUGGUAUCAUCCUCCCUGGCAAGUAAAGGACCCCUUCUCACCUCUUUGUAACAAAGAUAAAAAUAAAAAUAGAGAAGAA